UGUAUUGAAAAAAGAGAAAAUAACUUAACUAUAAACAAAUUCAACAUAAUGGACAAGACGCCGCCGUCUAAAGCUCUUCGCAACUUACAUUUAGAAAACGUUGCUUGCCAGAGCACCCCAUUGAGGAUACCACCAUCACCUUUUAUGAAAAGUCUCGGGUAUGGAACUUGCGUGAAUGUCUAUAAGUUAGAUCGUUCUCCGAGAUGUGGACAAAUGCGUUCACCUUGGGCUGUAAAACGAAUCUCACGAAAAGCACGUUUCUCAGGAAAAAUCGAAUACAAUACUCGAAUUAAGGAAGAAGCCGAAAUUCUAAGAAAAUUAUCACAUCCAAAUAUUGUGGGCUUCCGAGGAUUACAAAAAACCGAAGACGGAGUUGAUUCUCUAGCACUAGAAUGUUGCCAAACAUGUUUGGGAACAAUACUCGAAGAUCGUUUGGCCGAUUGUCUUGGGGCCUUACCUGCAAACAAAACAUUAAAAAUGAUCUUUGAUGUGUCAAAGGCAUUGGACUAUUUACACAAUGAGGCGAAACUCUUACACGGCGAUCUAAAAUCCUUCAACAUUCUUGUCAAAAAUGAUUUCGAAAUCUGUAAGUUAUGUGAUUUUGGCGUAAGUCUUCCCCUGGACAAAGACGGUCUUAUCAAUUUCAGAGAGAAUCCUAAUCUACAAUAUGUUGGAACUGAUAUUUGGUCAGCUCCAGAAAUAAUAGAUAGAGAAGAUGUAAUAGAUCAAAAAGCAGAUAUAUUCAGUUUUGGAUUAAUUAUUUAUGAAACAAUCGCACUAUGCCCUCCACACACUUUGAACUUAAACGAUGAUGAAUCGGAGGAGUCGUUUAAGGAAAAUAGUAAUAAUAUGUCGGUGGAUGAAUUCGAUAUCAGUUUCGAAAGAGCAUGCGGCACUAGACCGCCUUUGCCACAGGCAUUUCAAUUAACAACUGAAUAUAAUACUGUAGUUGAAUUAUUUUAUUGUUGCACAAACGAAGAACCUGAAGAUAGACCAACCGCAAAAGCCAUUGGUGCUUCACUUGAAAAGAACGAACUUUUAGGAAAGAAAUAAUUUUUAAUAAUUUUAUAUUUAUGUUUACUUCUAAUUCUAAUUAAAAAAUAAAAAUAACGAAACCAAUUUAUGGUUAUCAGAAUAGAUAUACAAAUUUAUG